AUGGUUGAGGUUAUACCAAUGGAAGAUAGAUACAUAACUCAGCAUCAGUCUACCAUCAAUCUGCCGAAUAAUACCAAUAUAGAACUAGAGGAAAAACAUCAUUCUAUCGAAAGUGUCAAAUAUGUAUUAUUUAAACGAUUGUUUAUUUGUUUUUCUGUUUUUCUAUUCGUUGGAAUAUCAACAACUGUUGGUGUACUCAUCGUUUGCUUUACUAUAACAAAAUAUCAAAUCCCAAUUUGUCUUCCAACAUAUCAACCAUUACUCAAACAGCCAAUUCAAACAAAUUCCUUGACAUGUUCAAUAGCAACAGGUCAUCUCAAUGGCGAUGAUCAUUUAGAUCUCGUUGUUGCUAAUUAUGGUUCGCAUUCCAUUGGAAUCUUCUUUGGAUAUUCAAACGGAACAUUCACUAAACAAAUUCCAUACUCAACAGGAGUAUUGUCGUUUCCAUCGUUCGUUGAUGUUUUUGAUAUGAAUAAUGAUACUUUCCCGGAUGUGAUUGUUGCGAAUUAUGGAAUUAAUUCGAUUGGAAUUUUUUUCGGUCAGGGAAACGGAUCAUUCAAUGAUCAAAUCACGUUCUCAACGGGUGUUUCUCGUCCAUUGUCAUUCGCAAUUGGAGAUUUGAAUAAUGAUCAAUUUGUUGAUAUCGCUGUUGUUAAUUACGGAACGCAAAGUAUUGGAAUCUCAUUCGGAUUACAAAAUAAACAGUGGUCAUUGCCAGUGGACUAUUCGACUGGAUACGAUUCUCAUCCAACGUCACUUGCAAUUGGUGAUUUGAAUAAUGAUCAAAUUCAAGAUAUUGUUGUGACGAAUUAUGGCAUCAGCAAUCUCGGUUUAUUCUUUGGAAUUGGAAAUGGAAGUUUUCAACAGCAGAAAAUCUUGUCAACUGGAUCACAAUCUCAACCAUAUAGUGUUGUUUUGCAUGAUUUAAAUGCCGAUAAUUAUUUGGAUUUAAUCGUUGUAAACGCUGGAACGAACGUUGUUCAAUUAUUUUAUAAUUAUGAGAAUGGUACAUUUCAAAAUCCGGUGAUUUUAAGUACGGGUGACGAUUCUGCUCCACGCGAUAUCACUGUCGGAAAGAUGAAUGAUGAUAAUUAUCUGGACAUUGUAGUUGUUAAUUCCAAGAACGAUACUGUCGGUGCAUUUAUCGGGUCAAAUGAUGGCACAUUUGGAAGUAUGAGACGAUUUUCAACUGGAUAUCAAUCGAGUCCACAAAGUAUUACCAUAGCAGAUUUUAAUGGCGAUAAUCAAUUGGACAUCGUCGUUGCGAACAAUAAAUCGAACAACAUUGCUCUUCUUCUUAAUACUCCAAGUAUUGAUUUCCAACUAGAAAGUAAUUAUGAAACAGAUGAUUGGAGUACUUCUUGUGCAUUGGCGGUUGGCGAUUUUAAUCAUGAUAAUCAUUCGGAUGUUUUGGUUGGAAUUUGUAAUAUGAAUAGCGUUAUUAUCUUCUUCGGAUUUGGAAAUGGAACAUUAUCAUCUCCUACACUGGCUCUAGAAACUGAUAGUUUUUCGCCAGUGUCUAUAAUUACUGGCUAUUUUGACAAUGACAAUCAUCUUGAUUUCAUCCUUGUCGAUUCCGGUGCGAACACCGUCAGCGUUGUAAUCGGAUUAGGUAAUGGAACAUUUGAAUAUUUAAAUUCAUACUCAACUGGCGAUUCAUCCCAACCGCAAUGUGCAGCUGUCGGGGAUUUUAAUCAUGAUCUUUAUCUCGACAUUGUUGUUGUUAACAAAAAUACCAACAAUAUUGUCAUCUUUUUAGGAUCGGCAAAUGGAGCAUUUGAAAAUACUUUUGCCUAUUCGACGGGUGAUUCUUCUUGGCCGAGUUAUGUCAGUGUUGGUGAUUUCAAUAAUGAUACUUAUCUUGAUGUAGUUACAGCUAAUUCUGGUUCUGAUGCUAUUGGUGUGUUUUUAGGUCUUGGUAAUGGAUCAUUUGCCUCACAAAUGACAUAUCCGGCAGGAGAAAGAGCGGCACCGACCAUCGUACGCAUCGCUGACGUAAAUAAUGACGCUCGCUUGGAUAUCGUUGUCAAUCGACCGUGGAGAGAUGCGAUCAUUUACUUUCCUGGCAAAGGCGAUGGAACAUUUGAUGACUCGAUUAAUAUGUACGCUGGUUAUCAAUCUGUAACUACAACAAUUGUCGUUCAAGAUUUUAAUAACGACAAAGUUCAAGAUAUAAUUCUAGGUUAUUCCAAUCAUAAUUUUAUAACGAUGUUCGAAAAACAUCCGGAUGGAAAUUAUGAAACUUUACAUUAUACGAUUGCAAGUACAAUAUCGGGUGAUUCUAUUGUGGUGGGUGAUUUCAAUGAAGACAAACGUUUAGAUCUUGUUAUAGGAUUGAAUAAUGGCGUAUUGAUUUCAAUUGUACUUGGAUACGAUGUGGGAACAUUUGGUAGUCCAGUGGUCUUCUCCACUUCCUACGCAUAUCUUCCAUCAUCAGUGAUCGUUUUUAACUCUAAUCAAGAUAAUUAUUCAGACAUCGUUGUGUCGAACUUUGGAAGUGAUACAAUCGAUGUCUUUUUGGGCGAUUCAAAAAGAACUUACACACAAAAACAAACCAUUUCUCUUGCUACGAAUUCUCAUCCAUCGAUGAUUCGUUCUGGUGAUUUGAAUAACGACGGCGUUUCCGAUAUUGCAGUUGCCAGUGCUGGAACAAACCAAAUUGCGCUGCUGUUUGCAAAUCAAAUUCAAACGUUUUCAACGAGUGACAACUCUCAACCAUCUAGUUUAGUUAUCGGAGAUUUCAAUCAUGAUAAUCAAUCGGAUAUUGCUGUUGCAAAUUACGGAAGUAAUACAAUCGGCGUUUUACUUCGAUUUAAUGUGGGAUUCUUUGAACCGAUAUCGUUGGCUGUUUAUUCCGUGACUGAAAGUUUAAGUAUAAAUGAUAUUCAAGUGGGCGACUUUAAUAAUGACAACAUCUCUGAUGUUGUUUUCGUUAGAUCGAGCUAUAAUACAGUUGGCAUCAUUCUCAUAUAUUCUAAUAAAACGUUUUCGAAUCCCAUUCUACUGAAGAUCCAGAACAAAGCUCAACCGUCAUCUAUCGCUGUUGGUGAUUUCGAUAAUGAUAAAAAUCUCGAUCUUGCUGUUACGAACUAUUAUUAUGAUAGUAUUGGUGUAUUCCUCGGCUAUGGUAAUGGAACAUUUCAAAGCGAAAAAGUAUAUCGGAUUUAUAUUGGAUCGAAAUUACCGUCACUAGCUGUUGCAGACAUGAAUAAUGACUCUUAUUUAGAUAUCAUCCUUAGUUGUACAACUCCAUAUACUUUUGGUAUCUUUUACGGUCAUGGUGAUGGAACAUUCGAAAAUUCAGCAACGAGACCAACGAAUACCCGAUCCACACCGAUAUCAUUGGUUGUUAGUGAUUUCAAUAAUGAUCAAUAUAUGGAUAUUAUUGUUGCGAAUACAAAUCCUGAUCGAAUUGGUAUUUAUUUGGGACAUAAAAAUCGAACAUUUGAUAAUGAAAUUGGAUUGUCAACAUCUCCUGGACUUUCACUAAAGAUGGUCACGGUUGGUGAUUUAAACAAUGAUGGACAAUUAGAUAUUGUAGCUGUUAAUUCAGGAAAUGCUGUCAUCGUCAUUUAUUUAGGAGAUGGAAAUGGAACUGUCAAAGAUCCUAUCUUUCUCUAUAAUGGUGUUGCAUCGCAACCUGUGCAUGCGACUAUCACAGAUAUAAAUCAUGAUCAAAUAAUGGAUAUCGUUCUUGCUUUUAAUAUAGAUGCGUAUUGCUUUAGUAAUAUCAAUGGAGCAUAUCUGGGCUUUGGUAAUGGUCAAUUCUCCAACAUAAUUCGUUUUGGAGAUAAUCGAUUUUAUAAUCCUCAAAAGAAUAUGUUUACCCAUUUGAGUAAUGGUAAUCUUCUAGGUGACGUCGUAUACGAUUAUUAUCGUAUUUACGUUUUCUUUGGAUAUCCUGCAAUUGGUUAUCUUCCUGUGAUGACAUAUUCAACUGGAAAUCAAUCGUCACCACGAUCCAUUGCAACCGCAGAUGUCAACAACGACCAACAUCUUGAUAUUGUCGUUGCUAAUUCAAAUGCUGGUAAUAUUGGCAUUUUUCUUGGAACAGGUUAUGGAACAUUUCGUAGUCAAAUGACUUUUCUAACUGGAAAUAAUUCAAUGCCAUAUGCUGUAUCGAUUGGUUACCUUAAUAAUGACACUUAUCUCGACAUUGUUUUUGCGAAUCAUGCCGAGGAAAAUAUCGGAAUCUUUUUUGGAUUAGGAAAUGGAAGUUUUGCACCCAAAAUUACCUAUUCAACAGGUUUCUUAUCCGAUCCAUACUCAUUAGUUUUAAGUGAUUUAAAUAACGAUACUUACGUGGAUAUUAUCAUCACAAAUCGCCAAUCAAAUAAUCUUUGCCUUUUGUAUGGGGAUGAAAAUGGAACAUUUGUCACUCAAACAAUCAUCCCUGUUGGUUACCUUUCGUAUCCAGUAUCAGUCACUGUCGAUCAUAUUGACAACGAUAGUUUGCUUGACAUAGUCUAUGUCGAUAAUGGCUAUAGUACUAUAGAAAUUAUGUCUAAAACGUGUUCAAAACUGAAUAGAAGAUAG